AAUUCUGUGCACAAAAUCACUGGGAAACUGCACUGCACCAUCUCUUUAAUUCUUUUACCAUAUUCCAAUCCAAAUUCAAUUCCUAGAAAGUACCUUUCUUCUUCCUCAGUCCUUCCUUCUUCCUGCACAAUACACACACACACACAUAUAUAUAUAUCCGAGGAUUACUUUCAUUUUGUGACAGAACUGAUGAAACCCUAAAAAAUCAAUUUAGUCAUUGAAUCCAUAUAAUUUCGUGUGCAAUAAGUGUUUUUCAAAUUCUAAGUAGCAUGGAAAGGGCGAUAAAUUCGAAAUUAUCGAUUGAGGUUACCGUUAUAUCGGCGGAGGGUUUAUUGGUGAACCGGAAGCCGCCGGGGAAGAAGAAGAACCUUUUCGUGGCGGUUCGAUCUGAUCCGUACGAUUGUCGAUUGACGGCGGCGGAUAAGGACGGAGGGAGCAACCCGAGAUGGAACCAGAAGCUGGAGAUGGACCUCCCAAUUAACGUCCGAUACAUCACGGUAGCGGCAUAUUCCGGCAGAAAUCUCAUAGGGACGGCGACUGUUCCCGCCGCCGACUUCUCCGGCGGCCACCUCCCGGAGAAUCAUUUGAGCUUUUUAAGUUACAGGCUGAGGGAUGAUAACGGAGAGAAGAAUGGAAUUAUUAAUUUGUCGGUCAAAGUGAAGGGACACGUUGGGAAAUCCUGCGCCGCCGCCGUAGGGUGUUCGGAGCAGCCGUGGAAGGGAGUUCCGGUGGACGGCAAGGGUUCCGGUACUCAUGGGAUUGUGACAGGAAUUCCUGUUUCGUAUAGGUACUCUUCUUAGCGAGUCCCGGAGCCGGACUCCCUAGCUAGUAAAGUAAAGAGUAUGCAUCCCCGGGAGUUAAACUCCCAGGAUUACCGAAUCAGCAUGUUACAUUUCUCUCGUCUGUCUGUAUCCUCAAUUUGAAAAGGUCAAAAUAUGGAUGGCUAAAUGUGUAUAUAUUACAUACUUAAGGGGCACUAAUGAAAAAACAUGUAUAAACAAUUCAUCUAUUUCAUCUCCAUCUGUGAAUUCA